AAGUAACAAUGCUUCCUCCACCUUUAUUAGUAAAAAACAGUGCAGAUAAGCAGUUUCAGUAUGCCAAACCAUUUGCAAACUCACAAGGCGGUGUAUACAAUAAUUUCUUAAACCUAACUGAAGAAAUACGCAAUAGGCAAAAAAAUAUGCAGUUAAUUGAUUGUUCAUUUGAAUUACUUACUGACCAGCAGUUAGAAAGUGUUGCGGUGAUGAUCAAUGCUGGCUUAUUACCUCGAGAAAUUAUUUUAACCCUUCAGCAAAAAGAUAAAUCAACAUUAGUUACUAAUAAUGAUGUAUAUAAUGCAC